GAGGGAGAGAGAGGGGCGCAACGUUACAUUGCAAACUCUUUGCAAAGAUGGGGGACGACCGACCUUUUGUGUGCAACGCUCCGGGCUGUGGACAGAGGUUUACCAACGAGGACCACCUGGCUGUACACAAACACAAACAUGAGAUGAGUCUGAAGUUUGCCCCUGCCAGGACUGACUCUGUCAUUAUCCAAGACCAGACCCCUACUCCCACUCGCUUCCUGAAGAACUGUGAGGAGGUGGGGCUGUUCAACGAGCUGGCUAGCUCCUUCGCUGAGGAGUUCAGGAAGGCCCAGGAGGAUGACGACAAGCGGGCCAAGAACCCUCUCCCUGCCCCGAACAGGGAGGUGGCCCUGGACAUGAGCCUGCAGACGCCUUCAGCAGAAGCCGUGAAGGUGAAGGAGGAGAACCUUGUUGAGGUUGACUCCUCCCCACCAGGAAGUCCAGAUUCCUUUUCCAGCAUGUCAGACAGUAGCAGGGACACCAUGGUGAGAAGAGGAAAGGACACUCCCCCGAGGCCAGCGCUGAGUUCGGCCCCCACCCCCACAAUCGUGAGGCCUGGCGCCCUCCCGGUGCGGCCCAGACCAGGCUCUCUGCCCCUCCACCUGGGCUUCGACGCCCUGCAGCCCACCAUGCCUUCACCCACCUCUGUCAUCACACCCACCCCACCAUCCAACCGCUCCGUAUUGGGCUCUCCCACAGGCCACUACCCCAUGAUGAUGCACCUUCCCAACGGGCUCCUCCCUGGACCCAUGCAGAUACCCUCUGUCAUAUCUCUGGCCCGGCCCAUGCACAUGGUGCCCAACAUUCCCGGCAUCCCUGGUCCUCCUCUGGGAGGUGGCAGCAGCGGCUCCAACUCCCCCUCGGGGUACACCACACACUCGGAGGCCAAGAUGAGGCUGAAGGCAGCGCUGGCCCAGCAGAGUUCAGGAGGUCAUGGUAUGGGAGGUAUGGCCGGCAGCCCCAUGCACCCCCAGAGGAUGGAACAGAGCCAGUUACUGGUGCAGCACCCUGACGCACCCUCCCCAGCACAGCCACAGGUGUCUCCGGCCCAGCCUACUGGUGGUCGGCGGCGGCGUGCGGCGGAGGACGACCCGGACGACCGACGACAGCGUUUCCUGGAGAGGAACCGGGCGGCCGCCUCACGCUGCCGACAGAAACGCAAAGUCUGGGUCAACUCCCUGGAGAAGAAGGCAGAGGAGCUCGUCUCCAUGAACGUCUCGCUGGCGAAUGAAGUGUCUCUCCUGAGGAAUGAGGUGGCUCAUCUCAAACAGCUACUGCUGGCUCACAAGGACUGCCCUGUCACCACUCUACAGAAGAAGAUUGCCUACAUGGGAGAGGACAGUCCUAUGAGAGACAUGUCGGAGCCCACCGGCUCCCCAGCCCCUGUCAUCCAACACAGCUCCCUGCCCAGCCCCUCUCCUUCCUCGGGCCCCAACGGCAUGGGCGCCCGGGCGGCUGCCGAGGCCAUGGCCAUGUCCGUGCUGGCUGGGAUGGGUCAACACCAGCAGAGGAGAGGAGAAAGGGAUGGAGGGAGAGACGGGAGGGAUGGAGGGAGAGAUGGGAGGGAUGCUCCCUCCUCCCACGUCAUCAUGGCCACACAGUCGCACCACUCUGCCAGAUGAUGAGCGUAUCACACAUCACGGCCCGGGACUCUACGGCACUCACCAUCAAACACCACCCCACACGGGCAGGAGAGUGGAGGAGAUAGUAAAAAAAUAAUAUAUAUAUAUAUAUAUAUAUAUAUAUAUAUAUAUAUAUAUAUAUAAAAAUAACUCCUCUCUUCUCAGGUGACCAGAAAAGUAGGAAGAAAACAUUGUCUUACAUCAGAUAGCGUGACAAUUCCGCCUCCGAGCAUUGCGUAGGAGUGACGCGACCUGACGUAAGACAAUGGGAGGAGGAGGGACACCCGAAGAAAUAAUCUCUUCCUACUAAAAUGAAACAAACUCCUCCUCUUUCCCCCUGCUGUGGUUGCCAUUUUGUGUCAGCCAUUUUGUCUCAGGCCUGGAGCCUUGCUGGAUCUCAGCAACAACAGCCUUCUGGGAAUGGACUGGGACAAUAAGAGAGAAAGAGCUUCCUGUUCUGUUCACUAUGCCAUAGACAACAUACAGGGGCUGGACUCCCCCCCCCGUACUUCCCCUCGUCCCCCCCAAUCACCCUACAACCCUCUCGCCUCACCCUCAAGCACUUAUGAACUUCACUGAACUGUAGGACUGCAUAGCAUCUUCCUGAGGGUGGUAAUGGUCGUUGUGAUAAACUCAGCACUCAGACUUUAACAAAUACUGGUAACACACGGUCAAACACACACAAUGCACGCGCGCAUACUAGACAUACAUAUACACUCAACGUAAACAUUGCAUUGAUUCACAUUUGUUGUUGAUCACGUGAGAUACCAAAACACUGAGCACUGCAGGGGUCCAUAUUAUUGUAACAAGGGAUUGUGGCCUUGCUCUCCUGCACAUGUUGACAUGUUUUUUUCACACACACAAAGAUAAUUGACGCUCCGAAUCCAAAGAUGCAUUCGUUUUUUAUACUUUCAUUGUCAAGAUGGUCGGAUCCAAUAUUUUACAUUUGGUCUGUUUUCCUGAAUCCCUAGUAGUUUUGUUAGUGGUUUCAUUUUGAGCAUCUGUGUCAGUCGUUCACAAAAGGUGAACCUCAUUUAUAGCCCUUUAUGAUACGUUUUAUAAACCGUGUGUGUGUGUGUGUGUGUGUGUGUGUGUGUGUGUGUGUGUGUGUGUGUGUGUGUGUGUGUGUGUGUGUGUGUGUGUUUAUGUACAGCAGAAAAUAGCAAUUUGUUGUUUCAAUAUCUGAUACACUAAGAUCCGGUUUGGUAGCAUGUGACAUAUUUUUUUUAUUAGCAUUUUAGUUGUGUUCCUGUGCAGCUUUCUUUACGUUAACGGCACAUUAUUUGCAGCUUGGGCCAUAGCGAACGAAAUUGUGUCUUUGGUUGUCACUGAAGCCGUGCGACAGAAACAGAAAGCUAAAAGUAAUAGAUUCACUGUACACCGUCAUUUCUAAAUGACUCAUACACUUAUUAUACACAAAAAAAAAUUCCCGGACUACUUCCCCUUUCCUCUGUAACCAUUUCCUCUUUCCCAUGCAAUUUUUGUAUGUAUUAGUUUCUAAACGUAUGCCCUUACCAUCUUUUAUGAAAUCUUCUAAUGGUUGUAUGGCAGUCUAAGUGGUUUCUAUCUGGCCUUUCUCGUCUUUUUUUCUCUCACUUUCUCUGCGUGGUACUGUAGUAGUUCAUCCUUGCUGCUUUCUGGAGUGGAAUGUGUUGCGCUUUAGUCUCUCUAGGUCGUGUUCAUUAGGCACCAAACGGAACAAAAUGGACUGAAACGAUGAGGAACUACCUGGACCGGUCCAAUAAGAAAUGCGUAUUUUUGUUUGCCGUUACAUAACGUUCUGGAAUGUUUUCUGUUGGGCGCCCUAAUGAACAGGACCGUUGCUGCUCUUAUGAAUGACUAUCCAAAACAAAGCCGUGUUCCCCUGUAACGUUUGUGUGUCUACAAACGGCAUUGACACGUGAACGAACGUGUAACCGAACUGUUAUACUAUGGAUCAGCACUCACUCAGUGACAGCUCCAUCUCUGCUCAACACACACACACACACACACAAUGUGUUCGAAAACAAUUUUGCCUUAAAGAAUCACUUUCGUGCCUCCGAAAUCCCCCUCAAAGAUUAUUGGGUUGCAUGAUAAAACAUAUAAUGGUUCUGCCUUAGGAAGAAAAAAUGCAUAAUUGUCUCAGAAGUUAAAAGCCAUUCACAAGGAGUAACAAUAGAUUAAUUUAUUUUAUAUGCUGAUUGUAUAGAAGAUGCCUUCAAAAAUCUGGAGUAAAAUGGCACCACAUUUCACCACUGCAGUCACCACACUUCACUGUUGUGUGAUACUAAUGCUGCCAUCUAGUGGAGUAUGAGGAACUUCACCUUCUCACAAGGAUGGGAAUUGGACAUGGACCUUGAGGGAAAUUCUUUCAGAACUCCUGUGGCAGUCUGGGAACAGUUUCAAUUCUUCAGGGAUCCCCCUUUUAUGAACAAAAGUUUUAGACAUUUUGUUUUAGAAAAACUACUCCUAAACAAGGGAUAAUCUUGUUGUUUUGCAUUUGUAUGUAACUUCCCCCACAAUCCAUCUGAAAAUGUAUGUAACAAUUUGCAGUGUGUAUUACUGCAGAAGUAACUAGAGUAUCAGUCAAAAAAACAUACGGACAUGUCUAAAGGCACUUAAAUAUGCAGGUUUAUCAUUCAUGAUUUGUGUUUUCUUUUGUUUGUAUAUACUUUUGUUUAAUUUGAAUACUUUCAGUGACAUCAAAAGUUGGCUAUUUCGUUUGUCUUGAUAAUGUAUAUUAUACAUAAGGGGCUUGUUUCUCGGAUCCAGAUUUAGCCUGGUUCUAAACUUAAACGCAUGUUCAACGGACAUUCGCAAUUGAAAGUACUUAGUCCAAUAAGGAUUGCUACUCAGUAACUACUUGACAUGUCUCACAAACGACUGAACUUCUUUGUUCUACUCCUACAGUCCCCAAUAGUAACCAGGGCUCUGGUCAAAAGUAGUGCACUAUAUAGGGAAUAGGGUGUGAUUUGGGAUGCUGCCCAACAAUGACAAUCCCAAUGGUGACCCUGUAUGGCAUUGUGUAGUACUCUGAGCUGGCGCUAUAGUUGGCUAGCUGUCCCUUAUUAAUGGACGAUUGUUCAUAUGAAAUGGUAAAAAAAUAAAUAUUUAGCUUUCAUGUUAGUUGAUAUUGUCAUUGGCACUUUGUUUCUUCUCAAUUUUUUUUGGAUAUUUUCUUUAUUGCGUGCUAUUGUCAUCAGGACUAUAUACAAAUACGCUGGCAUAAUAAACGCUUCUAUUAUAUAUUUUUGUGUUGUAAUGAUGAGAUAUAGAAAUUAAUUUGUUUUAGAACAUCGAUUUCUUUAUUUUUCCUAUCUAAAAUACUUUUAAUGUAACCCAACUGUUUGUAUCAGCCGGACUGUGCCGGAACCAUAGAGUUAAAAUCAUGAUUCUAAUUCGAUGGCUGGAACUCUGCUCUGUCUGGACUGCCCAUAACUCACAAACCAACUAAGUUAUUGUUGCAUUGGUUUCAUGGAAAUCAAUGUUGUUUUUUUAUAAAUAUUUCAAAAUAUUAACCGUUGUUGUGAACAAGUAACAGAAUUGUAUAAGAAAAAAUAACAAUUUUACAUAUGAGAAGACAUUGUGAAAGUUGCUAUUAGUUAUUUGAAUUGUUCAUUCGCACAGAAUUGAACUGAUAAUUUCUGAAAGUGUACUAUAUGAAUAUAUUUACUUUUCCAUGCAUGUCCAAGUGGAACUACUAUGAACACUUACAGUGCUGCGGAUUUAAUUAAACAAAAGAACCUAAUGGAUA